CUUCGCUAAACUUGCAACAUAGCGUAGUUUAGUAUUUUCAUUUCAUCAAGAAAGCUGGCGGGUGUGCAAAGCAAUGUGUUAAUUAUAAAAACUAUUGUGUUUUAUUAAUUUUUCAGAACAAAUAUUUGUGUUAUUAAGUUGUUAGAAUAGCUAAUGAAAUAGAUAAGGAGGGUGGGCGCGACGAAUAGCUAAAGGGAACAUCGAACAAUGGACGACGAUCAACAGUUCUGUUUGCGAUGGAACAAUCACCAAUCUACGUUGGUGUCAGUUUUCGACACUCUACUCGAGAAGGGAAUUCACGUUGACUGUACUCUGGCUGCCGAAGGACAAACUCUAAAGGCGCAUAAAGUUGUUUUGUCCGCCUGCAGUCCCUAUUUUGAGAAUGUAUUGUCACAGCAAUUCGACAAGCAUCCAAUAAUUAUCUUAAAAGAUGUGAAGUAUGCUGAAUUAAGAGCUAUGAUGGAUUAUAUGUACCGAGGAGAAGUGAAUAUAUCCCAAGAUCAGUUAGCUGCUUUACUGAAAGCAGCAGAAUCUCUUCAGAUCAAGGGUCUAUCUGAUAACAAGCCCUCAAGGCCUCCGUCGCGCCCUUCCCACGUUACACUCCCCCCUGCACACCCGCCCAGAGCGCCAUCACCCCCACCACAGGUUCGUGAUGGCAGCAUCGACAGCCGCGAAGGUUCAAUGAGCCCGACCAGGCGCCGCAAGAAAGUUAGACGCCUUUCCAACGAACAAGUGACUCCCGUUGCCCCACCGGUCCCUGAACAUGAAGAAAUACCAUGCAAGGAAGAAGUCUCCAGGGAUGGAGUGGAGGACUUGACACUCGAUGAAGAUGCUGGAGAUCCGCCUGCUCAACAUAACGACGUCGUACGGAAUUUUCAAUGGCACAUGGAACAAUCUCAAGAUGAAAUAAUGAAUUCAAAUGACAGUGUUCGAGACUCGCAAGAGCUUCACAAGGAUAGCCAUCUGCCGUCGGCUCUAUUGUCGCUGCUGUCGGUGCAGCACCGGCAGCGCUCGCUGGCCGCGGCCCUCGUGCCGCCGUGCAUCCAGGUCGGCGACAUCGUGAAAUCGACGCGCGAGGACCUCCUCUACCCCGCCGCGAUGGCCGAGCUGCCCGUGGACUCGCUGAGCGCGAUCCCGGAGAACAUAAAGGCCCACCUGUUGCGACAGGCCUUCAUGCAGAACAACAACACGGUCGCCCAGAGCGCGGAGUACAAGAGAGACGAGGACUCGGACGCCGAGCCGGACGACACGGACGACAUCGUGUUGCCCGACGAGGCCGACGGCUCCUUCGGGCCGGGGGGCGGCGGGGAGUCGAGCGAGACGCGCGAGCGCAAGCGCGACGGCAACAGCUCGGACGACGCGUCUCGCCAGUUCGAAUGCCGGCACUGCGGCAAGCGCUACCGCUGGAAGUCGACGCUGCGCCGGCACGAGAACGUGGAGUGCGGCGGCAAGGCGCCGGCGCACCAGUGCCCCUACUGCUCGUACCGCGCCAAGCAGCGGGGCAACCUCGGCGUGCACAUCCGCAAGCACCACAACACCGAGUGGUACCUCUACGCCAGCAACAAGGUGGCGUCGCGACGGAGGAGUCGUACCCGCGCCUCGGGGGCUUGUCGUGGGAGCAUUGGUCGGCGCGCCUGGCUCUACCGCUCGUGGCCGGGAUGAGCGUGGGCGCUCGGUCCCUGCCCGCGUCGCCCGGCGAGUCCAGCUUCACUUGCCCGGACUGCGGACGCGUCUACAAGCUCAAAUCGUCGCUGCGGAACCACCAGAAGUGGGAGUGCGGGAAGGAGCCCCAGUUCCAGUGCCCCU